GCACUCUGGUAUCUAUUUCCAGCCCAAGCGUCCGUUAGGCCCAAGCCCCUCUGCGAUGGCUCUAAAGGAAGCAGGGAUUAACCCCACCAAGAGGGCCAAGAAGAGGGUCCCUGAACGCCCUCAACCACUCCCUCUACCAGUAUCGCGAGAGCUGCCAGUGGAGGCGGAGACUAUUCAGACCCAGCUCCAUCGCAGCACAACACAAGAACACUACACCUACACCAACGUACCCUGGAAGAUCUACAUCAGGAAGGAGGUGUUCUACCCUAAAGACAGCUUCAACCAUCCCCUGGUGCUGGACCUCAUUUUCAAACAGAUAGUGAAUGACACUCUGUCUCAGGCAUGUGUUAGAAUCUCCAAUCAGGAGAGAAUGAAGAUGAAGUCUCUGUUUGAGAAACAUGGUGUAGAGCGGAACACGGACACAGUGGACGAGGCGGUGAAGAAGGAGGUUGUCACAGUAGCCAAGGAAUCCUGGGAUAUUUAUUUCUCAUGCCUAUUUCCUGCCUCUGGUAGUGCAGGUACAGGGGUACAGGUGUUGUCCGUGUCUCACACCGGGAUCCGGCUCCUGAAGACAGUGAAGAGCAGCACUGAAGAGUCGGACUACUUCAGAGUCCUACGACAUUACACCUACGCGGACAUCCUUUUUCUGACCGUACCUUCAGGGAACAUGCUGGAGUUUAAUCUAACCAAUGAGAAGCUGAUUCUGUUCUCAGCCAAGGCUCCACAGGUCAAACACAUCGUGGACUGCUUCAUCACUGAGAUCAAGAAGGACUCUGACUAUGUGGUAGCAGAGCGUAACUUUGUGACAGACGAGCGUCCUCUGCUCGCAUUCCAUAAAGGUGAUAUCAUCAGGCUGCAGGUCACGGAAGGACUGGAAAAGGGAUAUAGCUACGGCUCUGUUGUGAGGAAGAAGGUGAUGUUUCUGGAGGAGAUGAAGAGAGACACGCCAGACUUUGGUUGGAAGUUUGGAGGGGUGUUUGGUCGUGCAGGGGCGUUCCCGACAGAUUGUGUCCGUCCCGUCGCUGCCCCUGACUUCCUGUCCCUCCCGGUCGACCGCAGGGCGGAGCUUAAAGGAGGAGCAGGGCGGGUUGCCGUGACAUCAGCUAUGGCUGUGGCCGUGGCGUCCAGCGCGGCCGCUCACGAGAUAGACCCCACCCUGGAGGAGGGGUUUGAUGAGGUCCUAGAGGUCGACGAGAGCAUUCUGCAGGACACGCGGUACGAUAUGGUGGAGUUCGCAAAGAAAUACUUUAGACAACCGGCUGCUAAGGGGGCCUCUGUGAAGUCCAAGAAGCCCAAAGACACCAGAGAUCCCUUUGAAAUGGUCAGGUUCUCCAAGUCUCCACUGUCUGAAUCUCUGAUAGAGUUCACUGAUCCUGCUAUGAACAGAGUGGCUACAGACAUCUUCCUAUCGGUGAUGCGUUUUAUGGGCGACCACCCCCUGAAGGGCCUGACAGAACAAGAAGUAGUCAACACCUUCCUGAAGCUGAUUGGACAGUUUGGUCUGAUGAAGGAUGAAGCCUACUGUCAAAUCCUCAAACAGAUUACAGGAAACACCAGCUCUAAACCGGACAGUUGUCAGCGUGGCUGGAGGAUGCUUUACAUCCUGACUGCGUUCCAUCGCUGCUCUGAGGUCCUGAAGCCCUUCCUGUUGAAGUUCCUACAGAACGCCUCCCUUAGUCAGGGAGUAGUGUUUCAGGGCAUAUCAAAGGCUUGUGAGCAGAACCUGAGGAAGACCUAUCGGUACGGAGGACGCAUCAUUCCUCCCAGCAGCAUGGAACUGAAAGCUACGGUGGCGGGGAGGAGCUCCAAGCGACAACUGUUCCUGUUCCCAGGAGGCAUCGAACGGCACCUGAAGAUCAAGACGUGCUCUGUGGCGCUGGACGUGAUAGAGGAGCUGUGUUACGAGAUGGGUCUACACAGACUGGAGGCCGUUGACGAGUACGCUGUCUUCCUGGUCACAAAAAGAGGUGAGAAUGUCCGUCCCCUCAAUAAGAGGGAGUACAUCCUGGACAUUGCUACGGAGGCGGAGCCAAUGGACUGUAACUACAGCCUGUGGUUCAGGAGGGUCAUCUGGACACAGACGCUCAAAUUUGACAACGAGCUCUGUGUCACCAUGCAUUAUAACCAGGUGCUUCCAGACUACCGUAAGGGCUUGAUGAACAUCCUGCCCAGAGGUAAAGUCUCUGAACAGCUGUUCCUCCAGAUCUCUAAACUAUCAGCUCUACAACACAGAGCCAAGGACAUGACGUUCAUACCCAGCAUCCAUGAGUUGUCGGAGUACAUCCCCCACCUUCUGUUUGGGAAGCAGCCCCCCCAGGCAUGGGUCACUAUGGUAACGCAGCACAUGCAACAGGUCCAGACCCUCAACCCGCACCAGGCCAAAGCUCAGUUUCUGGGUCUGGUCAGUGCGUUCCCCAUGUUUGGCUCCUCCUUCUUCUACGUUCAGUCUAGCAGCAGUGGCUCCAUCUACGCUCCCUGUAUCCUGGCUGUCAAUCAAAAUGGACUGCACUUUCUCAACAAGGACACUCACGAGCUGCAGACAGUGGUCCCCCUGGUGGAGGUGCAGUCUACCCGCACCCAGAGACCCUCGGCCGGGACCAGCUACCCCUACGUAGACCUCACUCUGGGAGAUCUGACCACUCACAGAGUCACGCAGAUACAGCUCAAACAGGGAUUGGAGCUGUGUCGGGUCAUUGCCAUGCACGUGGAGAACAUGCUGUCAGUCAGGGAGAAGAGAUUCACCCUGCCACCCAGCGAGGUCACUGUGUUAUAAGACACUGUCUGUCUGUCUGUCUGUCUCUCAGGGAGAAGAGACUCACCCUGCCACCCAGCGAGGUCACUGUGAUAUAAGACACUGU